GGCUUGAGUGAGUAGUUAAAUCACGGAAAAGAUAUGUGUUGCUGGUUAAUCUAGAGGAGGACUGAGGGAGGAGGAUCCUGGACAGAAGCAGCUGAAGAAGAAGCCUAGAUUCACACAAAAUGGAGGACGCCAUAAAGACGGUAGUCAUGACUUACAUAAAGUCGUCCAAAGGGAAAGAAAACCUGGACUCCAGCUCCUUCAAGAAACUCGUGAGCAAGCAGCUUGGAGGCAUCAUGGAGGAUGCCGACAGCUCCUCUGCAAUCAAAGAGAUGCAGAAAGGACUAGACGAAAACAGCGAUGGAAAAGUCAACUUCUCGGAAUACUUAAAUCUGAUUGGCUACUUGGCAAACGCUAUGAGCCAGAAGCAGUGUGGUUCCACUGAAGCAGCUUCGUAGAUUCCUCUAAACUGGAAGCUCAUUUCGUCAUGGGCUUUAUCGAGAUCUAGUAACAUAUCUUCUCUAUAUGUGCCAUUUAUCUCAUCAUCAUAAUAUAGAAAAUUACUCAUUCAGUCAUCUCAUUUUUGUAUCUCGUCCCCACUGAUGGAGCUCUGAAACGAACCGAUAUAUAACCACUCAAGUCACACUAUAAAAGGCCGUCAAGGAUUGAAGGACUCGAAGCUGUGUGUAGUCUUUAUAACAUGCAAAGAAGAUUGUAUUUUCAAAACAAUAAAAACUUUAUAUGAAAAC